GACCAGUAGGCGGCUGAGGGGGUAGCGGGUGGUAGGGCCCGCUGGGGAUCGGGCGGAGAGGCGGCCUCCAGGCGGAGGGGGCACGGAGAGGCCGACCCGGGCGUGUGGAACGCGUUGGGCCGCGCUGAGCGAAGUGGCCGUGUGUGCGGAGUGGAGCGGGCCGGUGGUUGGCUUUAAUAGAAUUAAGGCGUUGACAGAUCCAGGCUUGCGAGCUCGGGAGCUGCGGGAGCCAAAGGAGUGCCGGGUCCUUAGUACCUGUCCCAAAGGUCAUCUAUUAGGCUAGACCCCAAACGGAGACUCUUGACACCCCUCUGGAGCUGAUCCAGACCCCGCUGCCGACCUGGGGGUGGCAGGGGCGAGACAGAGCAUGGGACAGGCAACCAAACUGAGCCGUCCACGCCCCACCACGGUCCAGAAAUGUGGUCCUCAGCCUCUUUUCCUCUUCUGUGAGAUGGGGAUGAUUUGGAAGGUCGGUUUCACAAUGCAGUAGGGAGGAGGAGUGAAGAAAGCAUUAGAUCCCCAAAGUUCCUGACUCUGGGAAUCUUGUGGCUAGCUGUGAGGAUUCUGCGGGUGGAUGGAUAGCCUUUGGCUGCAAAUAAUAGACACACACAGGGAACUCAUGUCAACUACUAGGUGACUCUUCUGGGAAUACAAUGUUAAGAUGUCCCACAAGAUUUGAGGAGUCUCCCGAGGGCCUAUCUUGUCCUCGUAGUUCUCUCUGGAUGCUCAUUCCUUUCCUAGUAAGCGUUUUUCUGCUUACUUCGCUCCUGGUGGAGGGGGCAGUGAGGCUUCUGCCAUACAUCAGCUCUCAUUAGCCUUGCUUGGGUCAAGGGUUUGCCCCUGCUCCGUCAGCCAUGGCCAAGGAGGUCAUUCAGAUUCUGGGAGAUAAGUUUCCAUGCACUUUGGUGGCACAGAAAAUUGACCUGCCGGAGUACCAGGGAGAGCCUGAUGAGAUUUCCAUACAGAAGUGUCGGGAGGCAGCUCGCCAGGUACGGGGGCCUGUACUGGUGGAGGACACCUGUCUGUGCUUCAACGCCCUCGGGGGCCUCCCUGGCCCCUACAUAAAGUGGUUUCUGGACAAGUUAAAGCCUGAAGGUCUCUACCAGCUCCUGGCUGGGUUCGAGGACAAGUCUGCCUACGCGCUCUGCACGUUCGCACUCAGCACCGGGGACCCCAGCGAGCCAGUGCGCCUGUUCAGGGGCCGGACCUUGAGUUUGGCAACUUCAGACCCCUCGUCUAGGUGGAAUCCUGCACACGGUGUUUGUCUUUUGGUGGCCGGCUUAUUUCUUGGCAUAAUGUCCUCCCAGGAUCAUUUGUGUGAUAGCGUACACAGAAUUGUGUGGGCCAGAUCGUGGCGCCCCGAGGCUGCCGAGACUUUGGCUGGGAUCCCUGCUUUCAGCCUGAUGGAUAUGAGCAGACUUGAUUUCAACGUACAUGGCCACUCGUGGCUAGCGGCCACGUACUGGACAGCACAGGCCGGCGGCACCCAGGCGGACUGUGGUCCUCACCUCACUGGAGGCCUGACACGGAGGAGGGGCCACCGGCCGGCUGUCCCGCACCACCCCCGCAGUACACAAGAGGAGACUGUCGUGUUACUCGUCAGGUCCCACUGCUUCCUGUCAGCAGAUGACAAAGCUGAUCAAACAUGCAGCUCGUCCCCCUGUCUCUGGCUUCCCGUAACGACUUUUGGACACAAUUGGGUAUGCAGAGAUGCCCAAGGCGGAGAAGAACACCAUUUCCCAUCGCUUCCGGGCCUUGCUUGAGCUGCAGAAGUACUUCGGCGGCCUCGCUCCCCCGGUAGUUGGUGAUUGCCCCGGCCGGGGAGCUGGGGAAGGCUAGCCUGCCACCUCCGCCAUCAGACGGGCAGCCCUCCAAGUACUGCCGUAUGGAUCACCGCUUCCUGGGGCGGGGGGGUUGAGACAGCCUCACCAGCCCUGGAGGAGCAGCUGGCUCAGCUGGGAGAAACUUGGGGCCCUCAGGGAUUCAGUGGGCCCUCCUACAGCCUCCUGGCCUGGGAUCCUGAAAGGACCUGGGAUGUGAAGCUGGCCGCAGCAGGCCCGAGGGUUCGGGAAGAACCCCACAAAUCGCCCUCUACGUUUUUAAAGUGGUAGAAAUAAAAAUACUGGAAGGCACUUUCCUCCAGAAUAAACUGGAUAUAUCAGCUUUGAAACCUG